UAACGUGACAUUUAUGUCCUUGAUAUGACUUUUUUCAAAAUAAAAACAAAUAUUUCAAAUUUUAUAAUAAUUGAGUACUUUCUAUUAUUAUCAUUUUAAUAUUAUAGUCAUAUCACUUUUGUGUAUAUCGUACGUGGAAGAAUUACUAAAAUAAAGGUACAGUAGUAUGGGCAAAGAGAAAAUGGCUAUGCAAAGUGGUGGAUUAGAUGAUGUUAAUUUUGAUCAAUUUAUUAAAACUGCAAAUUAUGAAGAGACUGUAAGACAACUUGAUGUUUAUUAUGGAAUGGUGAAAAGACAACUUUUAAAAUAUCAAAGCCCCAUUACAGGAUUGUUUCCUGUCCUUUCAAUUGACACAGAAAUAGGGAGUGUUAGGGAAAGUGUUUAUUGUGCUGCGGCUGUUUGGGGGCUCUAUCAGGCCUAUAGAAGAAUUGAUGAUGAUAGAGGAAAGUCUUAUGAACUUGGACAAUCGACUGUCAAAUGUAUGAGAGGAAUUCUAGAAUGUUGGAUGAAACAGGCAUACAGAGUGGAAUUAUUUAAAAAGAAUCAGUGUGCAGCACAUGCCUUACAUGUAAAAUUCCAUUUGAUUACUGGGAAUCAAGUAUAUUCAGAUGAUGAAUAUAACCACUUACAAAUUGAUGUUGUUUCUAUUUAUCUGCUAUUUUUGGUGCAAAUGAUUUCUUCUGGAUUACAGAUAGUUUAUACUCAGGAUGAAGUAGCUUUUGUUCAAAACUUGGUAUAUUAUGUUGAAAGAGCUUAUAGAACACCAGAUUUUGGUAUGUGGGAGCGAGGCAGCAAGUACAAUGAUGGCAAUCCUGAAAUUCAUGCUAGUUCCAUAGGUUUAGCUAAAUCUGCAUUAGAAGCAAUUAAUGGCUGUAAUUUAUUUGGAGAAAAGGGCGCCUCUUGGAGCGUAGUUUAUGUUGAUAUUGAUGCACAUAACAGGAACAGAAGUAUCUUUGAAACGUUGUUACCAAGAGAAUCUUGCUCAAAGGAAGUAGAUUCUUCUUUACUACCAACCAUUUCUUUUCCUGCUUUUGCAACACAUGAAGAUCUGUUAUACCUCAGAACUAAGGAAAAUAUAGUAAAACGUCUGAAGGGCUCGUAUGGUUUUAAAAGAUUUACCCGAGAUGGAUUUAGGACUGUUCUUGAGGAUCCCAAUCAAAAGUACUACAAGAAAGAGCAUUUAAAGCACUUCGAAGGAGUAGAAUGUGAAUGGCCUUUAUUUUACAUUUUUAUGAUCAUUGAUGGGGUGUUUAAAAAUCUGCCAGAUCAGAUAACUGAGUAUCAGGAUAUGCUGAAAAAACGGAUAUUUUUAGAUCAUAAUGAAGAUCCUGUAAUUCCAAUGUACUACUACGUAACAGAAGACAAUUUAUCAAAAGAACGACAUGAACCAGGUAGCACUCACAAGAAAAUGGCAGCAGAUCAUGGCCUGUAUCUUUGGAAUCAAGCAAUGUUUGUCUUAGCACAACUCUUAACAGGGGGUCUUUUGCACAUUAAUGAACUAGACCCCAUUAGACGAUAUCUUCCAUCAUAUAAUAGACCUAGAAAAGGCGGAAGAUAUUCAGCUUUUCAGGCCAAACCGUCGCUAGGUACAGCAACGGAUCUUGUGGUCCAAAUCGUCCUUAUCGCAGAAUCUAUGCGUCUUCAGGCCAUGAUGGCUACUUAUGGUAUCCAAACCCAGACUCCUCAUGAAGUCGAACCCGUUCAGAUUUGGUCCUCAACACAACUGGUUAAAGUGUACCAACAUCUUGGCGUAAACAAGAAGUUAAAAUUGCAAGGGAGGCCCGAAAGACCAGUAGGCAGCUUAGGUACUAGUAAACUGUACAGAAUCUGCGGACAAACAGUCCUGUGCUAUCCUCUCAUUUUUGAAGUCUCAGACUUUUACCUUUACAGAGAUAUGGCCCUAUUAAUUGACGACAUAAAAACUGAGCUGCAGUUUGUUGGAAGAUAUUGGCGUUUGUCAGGUCGGCCUACUGUUUGCCUCUUAAUUAAAGAAGAACAUAUGAGAGAUCCUCAGUUUAAGAAAAUGCUCGAUUUAUUAGCUAUGUUAAAAAAAGGUUACUGUGACAAUGUGAAAGUCAGAAUAGGGAGACUGCAGAAUCUUAUUUCAAGUUCCUGCGUUGAACAUUUGGACUUUAUGAAUGCCUUAGAAGACACUGGGGAAACCUGUUUCAAUCACUUUCAGCAGCUGGAGCAUGAUUAUAUUGGAUAUCAAAGUUUGACCGAUGUUCCUCGCGUCUUAAAUUACAAUGACGAGUUAAAAGAUCUUUCGGAGUACAAAAACAAGUCUACAAAUGAAAUAAUUGAAGUUUUGAAAAACUUGGAAACUUUAUAUGGCAGAGUACAACUUUUUGGUUUUUUACUUGAAAAGGAAGGCAAGAACUUUAAAUUUGGAGAUCAUACCAUUGAUGAGUGUUUACAUAGUCUUUAUCAUAAAGCUGGCUGUCUAAGGCACUGGGCAGCUGUUCGAUAUGUAAGCAGUUUGCUACGUCACACUGUAGAUUCUAUCAGUCCAUUCAUUACAGCUGUUUUAGUUCAUGGCAAACAGUUAACAGUAGGAGUGAUUGGUCAAAAAGAAACAGUUUUUGAUAAGCCAAUGACACCUUCAGAGAUUCAAUCUGUUGUUUAUAGUACCAUACAACCAUACGAUGUGAUUCAGGCUGUACUGCAACAGGAAGUUACACUUUAUUGUGGCAGAUUAAUAUCUACCAACCCAGAACUUUUCAAAGGGAUUCUGAAAAUCCGUGUUGGUUGGGUGCUAGAAGCGAUGAAAUAUUACCUUAGCAUAGCCCGUACUGCAAAAAAACUAGAGGAUCAUAGCCCCUAUGAAAUCAGGGCUUUGGUGUACACAAUUUUGUUGAUUGGAGAAUGGGACUCAAAAUCCCAGAUUACGGCUCUCCAAAGACGACAAUUAGUAGGCUGCCUCUGCAGAGUUCCUCCCACAUUUUACGACGAAGUAUGGGAUGUUAUGUCGAGAACACCAAAAGGAGUAAUAGUUGAAGGAAAUGUCAUACCACAGCAACCAACGAUGUCAAAUAUGACCAAAAACGAGUUAACAUUUUCCCUGCUUGUCGAACAGAUGCUGAAUCAUAUAAAUGUACCAGAAUACCGACAGCUAAUAGUUGAACUACUGACUAUUGUUGCUACCAUUUUGGGUAGAAAUCCAGAGCUCACAUUUAGUCAACCUUUAGAUCUCAGGCAGCUUGUAAAGGAUGCAACUCAUAUGUACGCUAAGGAUCAUGGCCUGAAAGAAGAAAAAAUUGGAUAUCUCAUGGAAAUACCCUAUAUGCAAUCUACAGGCUAUUUAGCCAGGGCCAUAGUAAAUACAGUCCUAAAAGGCGGCCAGUUAACUGAGAAUUUGGAAAACGCUGCUGAGACUGCGUGUAAAGUACAGUAAGAUUAUUUUUUUAGACUAAUGUAGUUUAUCUUAGAGGGUUAAUCUUUUCAGUGCCAUAGUUAUUUUUAAAAAUAUGUAUAUUGUUAGAAAAUAAAUAUAUUAAGUUUUAUCCACUAA